ACAGCUCAGUCCCACCCAUCCUGCCUCUGCUCUGUGCUAAGUUAUUGUGCACCCUUCAGAUUUCUUCAGACCAUCCCUGAGGCUGAAGCUCUCUCCUCUCUUGUCGCAAGACGAGACUGCACAAUGAGAGUCUGGAUCUUCUUCGUCUUGUGCCUGGCUGGCAAAGCACUAGCUGCACCUCAACAGGAUGCAUUGCCAGAAGAGGAGGAGGUGAUCGAAGAUGUUGUGACUGAGGAGACAGUUGGAGCAAAUCCUGUGCAGGUAGAGGUUGGUGAGUUUGAUGAAGCAAUUGCUGAAGAUGAUGAGGAGGAGACCACACCUGAUAAUCCAUGCCUUGACCACCACUGCAAACACGGAAAGGUGUGCGAAGUCGAUGAGACUAACAAACCAAUGUGUGUGUGCCAAGAUCCUUCUACCUGCCCCGAAAGCGUAGGAGAGUUUGAGAAGGUCUGUGCUACUGACAACAAGACCUUCGACUCUUCAUGCCACUUCUUUGCCACCAAGUGCACCUUGGAGGGUACAAAGAAGGGCCACAAACUGCACCUUGACUACAUUGGGCCAUGCAAAUACAUCCCUGCCUGCAUGGACUCUGAGCUAAGCGAAUUCCCUCUGCGUAUGCGCGACUGGCUGAAGAACGUCCUGGUCAGCCUGUAUCAGCGUGAUGAGAACAACAAUUUACUCAACGAGAAGAAGAAGCUUAGGAUAAAGAAAAUCCAUGAAAACGAGAAGCGUCUGGAGGCUGGAGAGCACCCUAUGGAGCUGCUCGCUCGUGACUUUGAGAAGAACUACAACAUGUACAUCUUCCCAGUUCACUGGCAAUUUGGACAGCUGGACCAGCACCCUAUUGAUGGAUACCUCUCCCACACUGAGCUGUCUCCUCUUCGUGCCCCCCUCAUCCCCAUGGAGCACUGCACCACCCGUUUCUUCGAGGAGUGUGACCUUGACAACGACAAAUACAUUGCAUUGGAUGAAUGGGCUAAGUGCUUUGGAAUCAAGGACGAGGACGUGGAUCAAGACAUGAUCGUCUAAGCCACACAAGUUACUUUUUUUUUGUCUCAUCCGAAUUUAUUUGUGUAAUAUUUUAUUUUGUAUCUCCUCUUUCACACUCUAUUUUGUAAUAUUUGUCUCUCGGGGUUGGGCGGCAAAAAAGACAAAAAAAAUGGUGCUAACUUAGAACAGAUUCUAUUAACGGUGCUAAAGGCCUUUGGAGCACAACGCAUUAGCAUUUGGAGGAGAUGACAGCGUGUCACCACUAGCUCAAAAAUUAAUUGUUCAACCAGUUCAAAUUUCUCUCUCUUCCUCUCUGCUUUCUUCAUCACUUCAAUUCCUGACUUUCAUUUUUUUUACUCUUCCUGAACAAAGAUUGAAUUGAACGGCUUUCAACGCCGACUUUAAAAAGAAAGCAAAGACUUUUCUGUUCCCGUGUUGCUUACCUUUUUUUUGUUCUAUUUCAAGGUUACACAUUUAAAGAUAAGGGAGCCUUAAAGCUGGUCUUUAACCCCUUCCCUGCUGGAGUAGACCCCCAAUUAUUGCAGAGACUCUCUAGCAAUGAAGGGGUUAACCCCUGAUUCGUACCCCCGGGUCAGGCAGGUGGCGGGAUCUGACAUAUGACAGGAGCUUCUUUAUCCUUUGACAUAGGGAAGUUUCCUUUUAAGCCAUGCACACGGCUGGGUUAUCUGGAAUGUCAAUUUCAACUUUUUCAGACAAAUUGGCGUUAAUUCACCAGAACUGAGGCACAAGACUCCUUAAAGAAUAAAAGAUUAAAAAAUCUC